GGGUCCCCAGCCUCUUUUGCCCCAGCAUGCAUGCCCCAAUCUAGGGCAGAUUGGGUUGAAAAGGGGGUAAGUCCAGGUGGGAUAUGGAGUUGGGGGGGCACCCCCUGCUCCCUGGGGAGCGCCCAGCCUGGCAGGCACGUGUGCAUGUGUGGGCGGCAUGUGUGCAUGUGUGCACGGCGCUGGUGCAUGUGGAUGUGUCAUGCUGCACACGGACGGGGCUGCUGCUCACCUGGGCACGUAGGCACGCAGGGGACUCCUGCCCGGCCAUGGGGCAGGCUGUGGGGCACACUGUGCAGUGGGGCUGGACGGUAGACCGUGGGUCACACUGUGGGGCAGGGUCCCUUGGCACUGGGGUGUUGGUGUGUGGGUCCCCCAGGCUCUUGGGGUUCUCCUGGCUCUUGGGUGCUGGCCCCGGGGCCGUGCUCCCUGCAGCUGCAGCUUGUCCCCUCGGGACCCGCCGUGCCCCGGGUCACCCCCGUGCUCGGUGCCUCUGCGGACCCCCCUCCCCAUGUGUGCGCUGGGAUCCCCACUGCACGGUGCAUCCCUGGGACCCCAUCUGUGCUCCCCAUGCCCCGGGACGCCCGUGCUCAGCGCAUCUCCUGGCCCCCGGUGCUCCGUGUGUCCUUGGGAUCCCCCCGUGCUCGGUGCAUCCCCGGACCCCCGUUCUCCUUCUGCCCCCUCGCCCCCCGCCCCUGGCCGGUGCACCCCCGAGUCGCCGCGGGGGGCUGUGGCCGGGCAGCGGGACGGACAGCGGGAUGGACAGCGGGACAGCGGGACGGACAGCGGGAUGGGCAGCGGGAUGCACAGCGGGACAGCGGGACGGGCAGCGGGGCCACCGUCGGGCGGGGGCGGGGGCGGGCAGCGCCGUUGUGCAACGGCCCCGCUCCGCUCGCUAUAUAGGGGGGGCCGCGGGGCAUGGAGCCAUCGUCGCGACCAGACCGGACCCACCGGACGGCCCAGGCUCAGCAAGUGAGUGCGAGUCUCCGGAGCACCUGACCCCCUUCAUGCCACCCGGUGCAGAGCCUGGCAGGAUGCGGUGGCCUGGCAUGUCCCUCUGGGGUGUCCUGUGGCUGUGGCUGCCGCUGGCCAGUGGCCAUCCCGUCCGGCUGGAGAAGGUCCGGGCGGACACCAGGAACCUCACCCGCACCCUCAGCGCCCGCAUCCAGCAGCUGCAGCUCUUUCCCCUGAGCCUGAAGAUCAGCGGGCUGGAGGCCAUCCCCGGGGAGGGGGCUCCCGAGGGGCUGGGGGCCAUGGACCACCGCCUCCAGCUCUUCCAGCGCCUGCUGGGUGGCCUGGCAGCAGGCGGCCUGCCGCUGGCCCAGAUCGCCAACGACAUGGAGAACCUCCGCAGCCUCCUGGCCGCCCUGGCUGCCCACCUGGGCUGCCCCCUGCCCCGCGCCCCCCCGGCACCCCCAGGUCUGCCCGACCUGUUGGCCGAGGCACCCCACACCGCUGCCGGGCUGGCCCUGGCACGGCUCCGCAUCUGCCUGGACGGCAUCGCCGCCCGCCUCGACAGCCUCCCCGCCUGCUAGGGACACCAUGGGGACCUCCCGCCCGGGCAGAGGCACGCUGGGCUGAGCCCUCAGCCCAGGGCCACAGCUGUCCCCAUGCACGGGCACGGCCAGUCUGGCACAACCAGCACCAGAGAGAACUCCAGUCGCAUGACUUCCUCCUUUUCUAUGAUAUUAAUACUAUUAAUAAUUUUAUUAUUGUUAUUAAUUUUGUUGCUAUUAUUGACAUUAUUAUUAUUGCUAUUAUUAUUAAUUAUUCAGUAUUUGUAUUUAUUUCUCCCACAUUUAUUUAAAAUAAAGCAAGUUUUCCAGCAGUGCCGUCCCAUGUCUCUAUUGACUCCACUUGGCACUGGGCCCGGGCUGGGUGCCAGGCUGGGUGCUGGUGUCACCACCACUGGGGUCCCCAGGGAGCCAGGGUUCAGGGUGUUGGGGGGGGGGGGGGUGGUGUCAAAACAUGUCCCCCGGGAUGUGGCAGGGCAGGGAGGGAUGAAUCGAAGCCCCAAGACAACCCACCAGGCGAGCACAUCCACCCCGACCCCCCAGGACCUGGUGGCUUCACCACAGCUUCAGCCACAGAGCACAGGGGAUGGGGUGUCUCCCCCAGAUGCCACAGGCUGGACCAGGGACCCCCAAAGGAGGGCAGGGGGUGUCCCCUAGCCCAGUAGCUGGGGACAAAGGACCCCGGGGACAUGGGAGCGUGUGAGGACACGGUGCCAGCUGACUCAGGCCCUGGCGGCUCGGCAGUGGUUUAUGAGCUGGUCGGUGGCUUCCCGGCUUGGCCUCCCCGGCCUGGUGUGACCCUGACACCUCCGGGGACCCGGGGGGGACACCCGGGGACACAUGGCGGGGAGGUAGACUCAGAGCCCCCGGCUCCCUGGGCCUGGCAGAGCAGCCAUGGGGUGUGGGGUGCCAAUGGUUGGAUCCUCCCGGCCCCCAGCCCUGGGAAAGUGGGGCCGGGGCCAGGGAGGGGACAAGGAUGGCACAAGGAGGGGGACAGCACAGAGCCGUCUCACUGUCCCCCGUGCAGGGCUACACCUGGCCCUGCCCCAAAUCCCUGGUCUGCUACCCGUCAUCCCUUGUCCCUGUCCUUCGUGCCUGGUCCCCAUCCUUGGUCUCUGGAUUUUCCCCCUCAUCCCUAUCCCUGGUCCCAGUCCCUUGUCUCCUUGUCCCCAUACCUUGUUCCUGGUGCUGUGCCCCCCAGCCCAGACCCCUCUCACCCUCCC